AUGCCUGGACAUUCUUCUUGUGGUUUACAAAGUGAAGAGGAUUUGAAGGCUAUGGUUGGACUGACACUUUCUUGUGAUAUUCAUCGUAUUGAUAUUUUUGUAAAGUGUUGUUGUUUGGGUGAAGGUUAUAUGAUUUGUGAUGGUGAAGCUAGUAGUAGUAGUAGUGUUGUUAAUUGUAUGAAAGGAGUGGGACAAAGGUUUGCUCCAGGAGUUGUUGAAUUUCGAGAUGCGUUGUCAAAGUAUUAUACUCAUUCCGGUUUUAAUUUUGAUUUUGUUAAGAAUGAUAAGGAUCUUGUCAUUGUUCAUUGUAAGAGAAGGGCUGAUUUGGGAUGUUUAUGGAGCGAUGACUUCAAAUAUGAUUGGUGGGCUUUGACAUCAGUUAGUGAGGUGGUUUGUGAUUUCAAGGACUAUUAUGGAACAGAAGUUUCUUAUCAGCAAGCUUGGAUGGGUGUUGAAAAAGCAAUGGGUCUUGUUUUUUAUGACUAUUCAUCAUUGUAUUGUAGGCCUGUGUUGAUGCUUGAUGGAACUUUCUUGAAAGGAAGACACAAAGGUUGUUUAUUGGCUGCUACGGCAAAAGAUGGUAACCAAGGUAUUUUGACUCCGGAGAGGGAUAUUGCGUUUGUUACUGAUCGACAUGGAGGUUUGCUGAAAGCUUUAGCUGAGGUCUUUCCGUUUUCUUCUCAUUCUUUUUGUCUAAUGCAUUUGAAGACAAACUUGAAGACUUAUUUGUUAGUGAAGAGUCGUGAAUUUAAAGAGUAUUUGCUUACUCUUUUUAGUAGAUGUGCAUAUGCUCCUACUAUUGAGUUGUUUAAUGAGCUAUUUGAAGAAUUUAAGGGUCAUUGUGGUCGUAGUGUUGAGAAGUUUCUUGAGGAUUUGCCUAAUGAGUGUUGGUGUAACGCUUAUUUUCAAGGCAAGAGGUAUGGUGAAAUGUGCACAAAUGCUGCGAAAUCUUUUAAUUCAUGGAUUAGGGAUGAACGCCAUUUGUUUUCAACUAGUCUUGUUGAUGCUAUACGGGUGAAACUAAUGGAGCAAUUUUCAAGAAGGAGAGAAGUCAGGAAUAAGUGGAAUCAUAUUGUUUGUCCUUUUGCAGAGAAAAAGUUGGAAGAAGCUUUUAAUGAUACAAAAGCAUGGAUAGUUGAGAAAUGUAGCGAUGACAUUUAUGAAAUCCAAUUGGAUCAUUCAGUUAUGGUUGAUAUUGGGAAACGUUGUUGUUCUUGUCGAUUGUGGGAAAUUGAUUCUUUUCCUUGCAAACAUGGUUUUUGUGCUAUAAAGAGGAGUGCGAAGGAUCUGAAUUGCUUUCUUGAUGAUUACUACCGUGUUAGUAGUUAUUGUGAUUCUUAUUCAUAUUCUAUUUAUCCAGUUCCUAGUAUGUGGAAGCCAAAUGUAGUUGUUGAUGAUGACGUUGUUUUACCUCCUCUUUAUAAGAGACCAGCUGGACGUCCAAGAACGAAGAGAAUGCCUUCUAAGGGCGAAAUCAAGAGAAUUAGAUGCAGUAGGUGUGGAAAGAUGGGAACUCAUAAUCGAAAGAUAUGUAAAGAAGCUUUGCUUUAG